AUGGUGCAUUUACCAUCGUCAAUCAAAGUUGUCAUAAUGCGGAUCGCCACUGGCGUCAUGCACGACUCUGCAGAGCGUUCGCCGCUGCCCAAGUUUGACCUGAGAAUAAGUCAAGCAAUAGUCUCAGACAUAGAUGAAUGGAUUAACGAGGAAGUCAUGAACGCUACUAGCAGCACCGCUCGUAUCCUGUGGGUGAAUGGCCCGACGGCGUCGGAUAAGACAGCUCUAGCCCAAUUAAUAGCAGAAAUAUGCCAGCAAAACGGUCAGCUCGGUGCCAGCUUUUUCUUCCCUCGCAAGUUAGAAGAACAAGAGUUGACAGUCACAGUGGCAAGGAAGUUGGUGCUAACACUUGCAUACCAGCUUGCGAUCUCUUUACCAGAGGUCGGUCAAAUCAUCAACGAGCUCAUAGCUGCUGAUCCAUCGGUCCUCGACAAAUCGGCAGACAUACAAAUGCAGAGACUCAUUGUCGCACCCAUGGGGUCUAUCCAAAAGAUAAUGGCAGUGGUCAUCGAUGGCCUCGAUACAUGCAGGGACGUAGUUGCACAGCAACAAAUUAUAACCAUUUUGGCCGCCGCAGCAAAUGGUAUAUCGUCUAUCCGCUUCAUUGUUACCAGCAAAGACACGGCAUGGAUGCGGGUAGGGCUCAUGAACAGUAGUUUGCACCAAAAAAUAUUCGAAAUGCGCACGGAUUUAUCUCUGCCGAAGAAUAAAAAUCGAUUGAAGGAUUUACUGCCAGGGGCAUACACAAAGGCCUUGAAUAAAAUUUGGAGAAGGAAUUAUAGUCCAUAA